CAAGAAUCAAUUUCAAAAAAUUUGAGCGUGAAGAAUAUCAUUGGGGGCUAGCUAGUUAAAGAAUAUCAGAGACCUACAGCUAGCGUACGUUCUAUAUUUAAACACCAAGUUCGUUCUAUAGCCAUACAAAUUAAUCUAUGUCAUGGCUACCCAUAUUUGUCUCUCUCUUUGCUUCUUAUACAUCACAACACUCAACCUCGUUUCCACGUUGGCUCAGUCUGACAAUUAUAUCAUCCAUAUGGACAUAUCAGCCAUGCCCAAAACAUUCUCCACCCAACACAGUUGGUAUCUUUCCACUCUCUCCUCAGCAUUGGACAAUUCCAAAGCCACCAAUAAUCUUAACUCUGUUAGUUCUUCUAAGUUGAUUUACACUUACACCAAUGCCAUCAACGGUUUCAGUGCAAACUUGUCACCUAAGGAGCUUGAAUCCCUCAAAACCUCCCCGGGUUACGUUUCUUACAUGCGGGAUUUACCAGCCAAGCGUGACACAACACACUCACCACAGUUCCUUGGCCUCAACCCUAAUGAAGGGGCGUGGCCAGUGUCUGAAUUUGGCAAAGAUGUCAUUGUUGGUUUGGUGGACACUGGAAUUUGGCCUGAAAGUAAAAGCUUCAACGAUAAGGGAAUGACUGAAAUUCCUUCACGGUGGAAAGGCCAAUGUGAAAGUACAAUCAAAUGCAACAAGAAACUCAUUGGAGCUCAGUUCUUUAACAAAGGAAUGCUGGCAAAUAGCCCCAACAUUACCAUAGCUGCGAACUCAACACGAGACACUGAGGGUCACGGGACUCACACAUCAAGCACUGCAGCUGGGAGUGUUGUUGAGGGUGCAUCGUACUUUGGUUAUGCUUCUGGAUCAGCCACAGGAAUAGCUUCAGGGGCGAGAGUAGCCAUGUACAAGGCAUUGGGGGAAGAAGGAGAUUUGGCGUCAGAUAUAAUAGCUGCAAUUGAUAGUGCAAUAUCAGAUGGGGUUGAUGUUCUUUCCUUGUCAUUUGGCUUUGAUUACGUACCCUUGUACGAGGAUCCUGUUGCAAUUGCCACGUUUGCAGCCAUGGAGAAAGGAAUUUUUGUGUCCACAUCAGCAGGAAACGAAGGGCCUUACCUUGGAAGACUUCACAAUGGAAUACCAUGGGUCAUAACCGUGGCUGCUGGCACCUUGGACCGUGAAUUUCAUGGCACUCUUACGCUUGGAAAUGGAGUUCAAGUAACGGGCAUGUCUCUCUAUCAUGGAAACUUCUCCUCCAGCAAUGUUCCUAUUGUUUUCAUGGGCUUGUGCGACAAUGUGAAGGAACUGGCCAAGGUGAGGAGAAACAUUGCGGUGUGUGAAGACAAGGAUGGAACUUUCAUUGAAGCUCAAGUGUCUAAUGUGUUUAAUGCAAAUGUUGUGGCGGCAGUGUUCAUAUCAAACAGUUCUGACAGUAUUGUUUUCUACGAUAAUAGCUUUGCAUCUAUUUUUGUUACCCCAAUAAACGGGGAAAUUGUAAAAGCUUACAUCAAGAUCACUAACUCUGGUGCAAAUGGAACCUUGUCUUUUAAGACAACAGCUUUAGGUACUAGACCAGCACCGAGUGUGGAUAGUUACAGUUCAAGAGGGCCUUCAAGUAGUGCUCCAUUUGUGUUGAAACCGGACAUCACUGCUCCUGGUACAUCAAUCUUAGCUGCAUGGCCUCCAAAUGUUCCGGUGGAUGUGUUUAUUGCGCCCAAAAAUGUUUUCACUGACUUCAAUUUGUUAAGUGGCACAUCCAUGGCAUGCCCCCAUGUUGCUGGUGUGGCAGCAUUGUUAAGAGGAGCACACCCUGAAUGGAGCGUUGCAGCAAUUAGGUCAGCAAUCAUGACAACAUCUGACAUGUUUGACAACACCAUGGGACUCAUCAAAGACAUUGGUGAUGAUUACAAACCAGCCACUCCUUUAGCCAUGGGAGCUGGUCAUGUCAACCCUAAUAGAGCCCUUGACCCUGGACUUGUUUACGAUGUGGGAGUUCAAGAUUAUGUUAAUCUCCUCUGUGCACUUGGCUACACCCAAAAGAACAUCACUGUCAUCACUGGAAACUCUUCCAAUGAUUGUUCCAAACCCUCUUUGGACCUCAACUACCCUUCUUUUAUUGCUUUCUUCAAUAGCAACAGUUCGAGUACAUCACAAGAAUUUCAAAGAACGGUGACCAAUGUUGGGGAGGGACAAACAAUCUAUGUUGCUAGCGUUACACCCGUCAAAGGGUACUACGUGAGCGUUAUCCCCAACAAGUUGGUGUUCAAGGAGAAGAACGAGAAGCUGAGUUACAAGUUGAGAAUUGAGGGUCCAACAAACAAGAAAGUGGAGAAUGUCGCUUUUGGGUAUUUCACUUGGACGGACGUGAAACAUGUGGUUAGGAGCCCCAUUGUGGUCACCACCCUCAAAGUGAAUUUCUAGAUGAAUAUAUAUAAUGACGGAGAUAUAUAUGCUUUCACAUGAAUCAAGUUAAAAAUGUAUAUCAACUAAAUAAAUCUUCUAUGGAAAAUAAUACUAGCUAAUUCCUCACUGGACUAA